UAAUUAGUAGCAGCGAUGGCUACAAAUAUAAUUAUAUUGAUUGUAACACUUACGGCUUUUACGAUCUGCUCAGAUGCUUUUCCUCAACCGGUUCCUCAAUAUGACAGAAUUAAUAGUCAAUAUCUAGAUUACGGCCAAGGAUCAUAUCCUUACAAUCAACCACCAGCUCAGUAUCUUAAUUACGGACAAUAUCCUAGUUAUGCUCCUGCACCAUCUUAUCCAGGAUAUAACUAUGGUUACUAUCAACCUCCAUACGGAAGCUAUCCUGUCUACAAUCCAGCUCCUCAAUAUCCAAAUCCUGAACCUAAACCCAAACCGCGAGAAUAUCACGGAUCCAAGGAGACAUACGAGUCCAGUCACUGGGACAAGACGAAUUCGGAUGGAUCUUUAGAUGUUAAAAUUCCGAGGUAUCCUAGCUUGCAUGCGGAGAUUGAAAGAAAGACAACCAACGAAGGAACAGCAACUAAAACUGUUUUUAAACAAGAGUACUGAGUAAAAAAAAGCUAAUUUUGUUGUCAAUUCAAA